CGAACUGGCCGAGGGACUUCCAAACUCCUCCCUCGCCUUCCAUUUGCUCGCGUCGAGCUCGCUGGCCCGUGGUUUUGCUUGCAAUCGAGUGACCCACUGCCCGUCCGGCUGGUGCGUGAGCAUCACCGCUGACUUCCGCUGCCUGAGGGCUCUCCCCAAGGCUUCCAAGGCUUCCAAGGUUUCUUGCAACGCCCAGUGCAGCACAUCAACCACGGCGACUUCCUCGGUCCUCGCCGCCGCAGCUCUCGUCCGCCUCAUCCGCCGCGGUAAUCCCGAGCCAACACAGGCGAUCCGUCCGCUGCGUGCGUCGUCGACCAAUCCGCCCACGCGAGCCGCAGGAGCAUAGCAUCACCCUUCACCCCGCCUUGCCGCUUCUCGACAGCGCUCGCUCCACACGCUCCAUGAUGGUGGCCAGAAUGGGAAUGCCUGCGGUUCCAAACCGUGAGGACAUCAAAGCAACAUGGAAGUACCUAGAGGAUGGCAUCACCCGCAUCAUGAACGAUCUCGAACAGGGCAUGGACAUGCAAAUGUACAUGGGAGUCUAUACCGCCGUUCAUAACUUCUGUACCUCGCAGAAAGCCGUUGGCCUCAGUGGCCCUACCAUGACUACAAGUCAUCGUGGAGCUCACUUGCUGGGUGAAGAUCUCUACAACCACUUGAUCAAGUAUCUCCAGCGUCAUUUAGCGGACCUGGUCCAGGCGUCCAAAUCCCACACAGACGAGGCCUUGCUGGCCUACUACAUCAAAGAAUGGAAUCGGUACACCGUCGCUGCUAAAUACAUUCACCACUUGUUCCAGUAUCUUAAUAGGCACUGGGUCAAGCGCGAAAUCGACGAAGGCAAGAAGAACAUCUACGAUGUCUAUACUCUGCACCUUGUUCAGUGGCGCAAAGUCCUGUUCGAACAGGUGUCGGAGAAGGUGAUGGAUGCUGUCCUAAAGCUUGUGGAGAAGCAGAGGAACGGCGAGACUAUCGAGUACGGCCAGAUAAAACAGCGCCCCUUUUUAUCCGCGACCAAGGAAUUCUACCAGGCUGAAUCCAAGCAGUUUGUCGCCGAGAACACCGUGGUUGAGUACAUGAAGAAGGCGGAGGCACGAUUGGCAGAGGAAGAAGAGCGCAGAUGCUGUAACCAAGCCCUUAUUGCCGAUCAUUCCCUGUCGCUGAGAGAGGAAUUCCAGGUCCUCUUGGACAACGAUCGCGAGGAUGACAUGGCCAGAAUGUAUAACCUUCUAUCUCGCAUUCCCGACGGUCUAGAUCCGCUACGCACCAGAUUCGAGACCCAUGUCCGGAAAGCAGGGUUGGCCGCCGUCCAAAAGGUCCAGUCCUCCGAGGGAGACAAGCUGGAGCCCAAGGUCUACGUCGACGCCCUGCUGGAGAUCCAUACCCAGUACCAGGGCUUGGUGAAGAGAGCCUUUACUGAUGAGCCCGAAUUUACGCGGUCUUUGGAUAACGCCUGCCGUGAGUUCGUCAACCGGAACGAGGUGUGCAAGUCCGGCUCCAACAAGUCACCCGAGCUGUUGGCCAAGUAUACAGAUGUCCUCUUGCGCAAGAGCACCACGAGCAUCGAAGAGGCCGACCUGGAGCGAACCCUGACCCAGAUCAUGACCGUCUUCAAGUACAUCGAGGACAAGGACGUUUUCCAAAAGUUUUACUCCCGAAUGCUGGCCAGGAGACUGGUGCACAGCAACUCAUCCUCGGACGAUGCCGAGACAAGCAUGAUUAGCAAGCUAAAGGAAGCCUGUGGCUUUGAGUAUACCAACAAGCUUCAGCGCAUGUUCCAGGACAUGCAAAUCUCAAAGGAUCUGAACAAGGAGUUCCGAGAUCACCUAGAGACUGUCGGCAAUACAAAGGCUGUCGACUCUACCUUUUCCAUCCUGGGAACAGGCUUCUGGCCGUUGACACCACCAAGCACCAACUUUAUCCCUCCUUCGGAGAUUUCCGCUGAAAUUGACCGAUUUGUUCGAUUUUAUAAGCACAAGCAUGAUGGCCGCAAGCUGACAUGGUUGUGGCACCUGUGCAAGGGUGAGAUCAAGGCCGGCUAUUGCAAGAAUAGCAAGACACCCUACACUUUCCAGGUUUCAAUCUACCAAAUGUCCAUUCUCCUCUUGUUCAACGAGAAGGACAGCUACAGCUAUGAUGACAUCUCCGGCGCCACGGAGCUGAGCUCCGAGGUGCUUGACCAAGCCCUUGCCGUAAUACUCAAGGCAAAGGUGUUGUUGAUGGAUGGCGGCGAUAAGCCCGGGCCCGGCAAGACUUUCCGCCUCAACUACGAUUUCAAGAGCAAGAAGAUCAGGGUGAACCUGAACCUUGGUGGUGUCAAGGAGGCGAAGCAGGAGGAAGUCGAGACGAACAAGACCAUUGAGGAGGACCGCAAAUUGGUAUUGCAGUCUGCAAUUGUUCGUAUAAUGAAGGCGCGAAAGAAGAUGAAGCACACGCAGCUCGUGAGCGAGACCAUUAACCAGAUCCGGUCUCGGUUUGUCCCCAAGGUCGGCGACAUUAAAAAGUGCAUAGAAAUUCUCCUGGACAAGGAGUAUCUUGAGCGUCUGGACGAUGAUGAAUUGGGCUACUUAGCAUAAAAUAUUCUUCUUUAACCUCCGGUAGAAUUCACGGAGCUUGUCAACGAUUCUCCUUCCCCCCCUUUUUUUUUCCUUUUCUCCUCGAUACAGGCAUGUCUAUCCACACGUUUUCUUCACUCAGUCGGUCAUUCAUGCGUAGAUUCAGGUCAUACUGGGAUUGGGAUUAGCUGGAGUGGGUAUGGUUGGUUGGGUUGCUUUGUUUUUCUUUUUCUUUCCUCUGUUUACACGCUUGACUUUUUUUCAUAUUUGGCGAUAUGCCUAGCUAAACAGAGAAUUAUGUGGCCCAGCAGAGUCUAGACGUGGGGGUUUCUCGUUGCAAGUCCCAGAUUGCGCGAGUUGUCUCUGUUGUGUUUUUGAGGUUCUCGUGUCUGGAGGUUUUGGCUUUUGGUUUCUUUGUGGUAGAACUGCAUUUGCAAGUUCGACUGACUGGGUGUGUGAUGUUAUGAAAAGGAGUAGUUAGGCAGCUUAAGGAAAUAAAUGGAUGGUAUUAUUAUAUCUUCUUG